AUGGUGUGCUCUAAAUCCCAGCAACUUCCAAGCUUUCGCGUUUUCAAGGUAGAUGAUUUCAACUGGCUAAUUAAGUCAAUUCUCGGUCAUGGUAAUUUUUAUGAUGGCAAUUCUGUCUGUUGUCCGGAUCUGAACUUCAAGUGUACUGUUGGCCAACUUUGUGGCGCAUGUAACACGGACAGUAUCUGCGGAAACAAUGGUGUUUAUUUGAUCAAGAAUACACCUUCGCCUUCUCAACCACCGCAGCCACCGCCUGUCAUUAGCUCUUCAAAAAGUACUUCCGUCACAUCGAGAACUUCUGUUUCGACGACAUCGACCCCACCAACCUCUACUCCUGGACCUACAAAGUCUGCUCCUAAACCAACUGAGCCACAAACUACCAGUCAAAAGCCUACUGAAACCAAAUCAAUUGAUCCUAAACCGACAGAACCUAAACCAAGCGACCCAAAUUCCCCCGUCCCUACAAUUGUCCCUUUUAUUGACCCCUUCACAAAUCCACGUUGUCUAACAGACAGCGGCGAUUCUCGCGCUCUUGUGAACGGCACCACUGCCUCACACACUGCGGAAGGUAUGACUGUAGAUAAAUGUGCCGAAACGGCUGAUGGCUGGCGCCACUUUGGUGUGGAGUUUGGAGGCGAGUGUUUCUGGGGAGAUGAACUGCAAUCCAUCCACCCCGCCUCUCCGGAGCAGUGUGACAUGCCUUGUAGUGGGGAUCCGUCCCAGCUAUGUGGAGGCGGGAACCGAAUUCUAGUCUACCAGAACAACGACUGGAAGAUCUUAGAGAAACCUGACAUCGCGACCGCUCUCGAGGCUUAUGCGCGUAAGCUGUGGGAUUUACGCGAAGCGAUCUAG